CCACUUGGCUACUAAGAGAAGGGGAACUUCCACAAGUUAAAGUAUGUUAUGUCGUGUUGGAUAAUUUGUUAUAAAUUAACUUAGGCGAGAUCUGUGAACUUUCAUUUCUUAUUGUUCUGGAAUAACUCUCAAAGACACUCAUUGGACAGUUGCCUAAGAAAUCAUGUGCAGUAUUCGAGUGUGCGCUUGCAGAUUCGGUUCCGCUAAUUGUCACUUCCGAACAAGGGUUUAAUAGGCAACACUUGGAUGGCAAAACAGGAGUGACUCAACUCAUCCGACAACACUGUGCGCGAAAGUCCUUGCUUGCGCUCUUUUCUGACAGGCUGAACGAUCCCCCUUUGACGCAUAAAAUCCAAUGCGGACAAGGACAUAUACGAUCGGAGAUCAUAGGAAGCUGAAUUUAUUACCCAUAGCUACAACUUACUUCCAAACGCCUACACUAUGACUUCAGUAUGGAAAAGAUUACAGCGCGUUGGCAAAAAAGCAUCAAAGUUCCAGUUUGUUGCAUCCUACCAAGAACUCGUGCUCGAAUGCACCAAAAAGUGGCAACCAGACAAGUUGAGGGUAGUUUGGACGAGGAGGAACAGGCGUGUCUGCACUAAGCUCCAUGGAUGGCAGCCGGGCAUCAAGAACCCGUACCGGGGCAUGGUGGUCUGGCCGGUACCGGAGAACGUGGACAUUGCCGUCACUCUCUUCAAGGAUCCCCUUUCUGAGGAGUACGAGGACAAGGACUGGACCUUUGUCAUUGAGAGUGAGACGAAGGGCCAUCGCAAGGUGCUGGCCUCCGCAGACAUCAACAUGAAGAAAUUUGCGAGUGCCACGCCCACACAGACAGACCUCAACCUGAAACUGAAGCCGCUGUCCGUCAAAGUGGUGGAGGCCUCGCUCAAGCUCUCGCUGUCCUGUAUCUUUGUGAGGGAGGGCAAAGCCACUGAUGAGGACAUGCAGAGUCUGGCCAGCCUCAUGAGCGUCAAACCCACAGACAUCGGGAACCUUGACGACUUCAAUGAGAGUGACGAAGAGGAGGACAAGAGGCCUGUUGCUGGAGCCAUGAGCAGAGCUGCUGCAGCCCCGGCCCCUCCAGCCCACCCUACUCGCACCCAGGACAGGAGACCUUCCUCUGGACACAACCCUCCACUUACAGCCAGUGGGAGAGACCCUGGUAAAUCUUCCAAGGCUGGAACUGCCCCCAGCCCUGUCCUCCACUCCAGACCUCCUCUGCCCGUGCCCUCAGGCCCUUCUCCCAGGCCACCCUCCCGCUCCAGGCUCCCCCGCCCUGUGCCCUCCCCUAAUCCCUCCCCUAGUCCUUCCCCCCAGCCUUCCCCCCAACCCUCAGGCCGGUCCAGGGGGAUCCAGUCUGCAGUCUCUGCUGCUCACAAGCAGUCGGCCACAUCGCCCCACCUCCCCCCUGAGCCACCCGCACCGCCAAAGCCCACCGUGCAGACCCAGCCACCCCCUGAAAUGCUCACAACUCGGAAACAAGCCCUUGAACGCCGUCCACAUACUGACCUUCCCACACGCCCCAAGCCCAGACCUGAGGCCCCCACACACCCCGGCCCCACCUCUCAUCUCCUUACACAUCCCCAACGACCCUCUGAAUCCCUCCCAGCCUCCAAACCUUCUCCAGAGCCCAAACUUCCCACUGAACCCCCCAAUCCCUUCCUGCCCAGUACUGAGUCGCCCACACUCCCACUGUCCUCUUAUGAAGCCCUUGGCCCCUCAGUGCGAGGCUUCACUCGCUCUCAGCCUCCGUCUCUGCCCAGAAUCUUCAAGCCCAGCUCGGGCACAGUGCCAGUGUCGUUUGUCAGGUGUCCGUUUGAUGUGCAGACUGUGGCUUCCUCCCCAGAUCCCCAGCCUCCUGUCUCUGCCGUUCGCUCUCACGUCUUCAAACCUAAGCUUUUUCCUACUAUGCGUCCCUCCUCACCUUCGCCUUUCACCUCUGAUUCUCCUCCCAAUGACGACACCGUGGUUACAGGCUCCUCCCCUCCAUCCCUUGCUCUCCCUCCAUCCCCGCUCUCAUGCCCAGAGCCAGAACCUUGUGUCCAAGGGAAGUGGUCAAAGCCCAGAGGUCCAGCCUCAGGCUCCUCCCCUUCUAACCCCUCCCAUCCCUGUGACAUCGUCUCAUCAGUCCCCCUCCUCACCAGUCCUGACCUGGACUCCCUCUGUGACCCUGUCGUCCCUCCCCCCUCCCGCCUCCUACCGCGCUCCUCGCCCCCCGCCCUCCCCCGCUCCCGCCCGGCCUCUCUCUCUGCUCCUGCUGCUGCUCCUCCCACUACUGCACCUGCUGUUCUCGGCUCCUCCCACUCAGGUAUUCCCCACCAACCCUCCCAUGCUACCAUGGAGACAGCCCCCCCUCUGACCCUGACCAGGGGGGAGGAUUCCUCCCACUCCUCCAGGAUGGUCGCCAGCAUCAGAAUUGCCUCACCUGCCUCUGCUCCCAGCCCCACUCUCACCCCUGCAAUACACCAGCCAGCCUUAGAGAGUGGGGCAGAGACAGACAUUAUAAGUUCUGGCCAAGAUGGCCACCUUGACCCCAUCAACUCUGAAGAGUUGAUUGUAGCCCCGCCUCCUCCCUGGCCCUUCUCCUCCACAGAGAGUGCUGCCCCCGGUCAGGAAUCAACCAAUGUCCUGGCAGCAUUUAUCACUGUCAAACCACCAGUGGCUGAUGAGGAAGCAGACAUCAAAGAUUUGACCAAGAAGAACAAGCCCUCUCAACCUGCCUUUGCCCCGGUCAAAACACACUUCAUACCAGACAAGCCACCAUUGGCUGAACCAGAACCUGACCUUGAUGACAUCAUAGAUACAUCCAGUCAGACUGCAGGAGGCUUCUUUAUGGAGGAGAAGGUGGCAUCUAAGGUGGACACCAUCAAGAGGUCUCCUCGGGACUCGAUGGUCGAGGAAGGAGGAUGCAAACAGAGAGCCAAUCAAACCCCAUCUGAAAGAAAAGUUGCUGCAAUGGACCAAUCAGAAGAGGGCAGAGAGAAUGGGCAUAAGGAGACACAAUCAAAAGCUGAUAACAGACCAUGUGACAUCAUGGAGAGACCUCUGAAAGACAGACCAGAGGAGGAGAGCAUGAGACUCCCAGGUCAGAAUGAGGACAAUAGGUCAGAUGAGGACAAGGAGAAGAUGAAAAGCCACGCACCUGAAGUACGGCCUAGCUUCACCCACAAACCGGAAGAAACAGCUGGCUUGACUCACAAGCCUGAAGAAACAGCUGGCUUGACUCACAAGCCUGAAGAAACAGCUAUCUUGACUCACAAGCCUGAAGAAACAGCUAUCUUGACUCACAAGCCUGAUGAAACAGCUAUUUUGACUCACAAGCCUGAAGAAACAGCUAUCUUGACUCACAAGCCUGAAGAAACAGCUAUCUUGACUCACAAGCCUGAAGAAACAGCUAUUUUGACUCACAAGCCUGAAGAAACAGCUAUCUUGACUCACAAGCCUGAAGAAACAGAUAACUUGACCCACAAGUCUGCAGAAAGACCUAGAUUCUCCGACAAACCCAAGGAAACACCCAAUUCCUUCCAGAAACCUGAGAAAAUGUUGAGCUUUUCCCACAAACCCAAAGAAACACUUAACUUCUCUGACAAACCUAAGGAAACACCCAGCCUUUUCCACACACCCGCUGAGGUAGCUGAUGCGCCUGCUCAACAGCCCCCUCCGGUGGUGAAGAGCAGCACCUUCGCCAUCAGGCCUCCUAGGACUCAGGAGGAGAAGGAGGAACUGACGAACCAACCAGCACCAGAGCCCAAUGCUCAGGAGAAUCCAAAGACACGGACCGUGGAGGUCCCCCUGUGGAAGGUUCUAGAGGAGAGAACACAGCAGGAGGACAUCCUCAGAGGAGAACCAUCAUUAGACCUAGACUUAGGAACAGGCUCAGACAGAGACGACGCUAACAGUCUAGAAGCUGUCCACUUAAUCAUCGUUGAAGAACGAGAGCUUCCUCCAACUCCACCUCCUGCCCCACCCACCACCCAGCCCACCAUCACUCCCGUCGCCCCACCCACCACCCAGUCCACCAUCCCUCCCGUCGCCCCACCCACCACCCAGCCCACCAUCCAGCCCACUACCCCUUCCUGUACCCCGCCUUCCACCCAGACCACUGCCACCUCCACCCCAACCACUGCUACCUCCACCCCCACCACUGCCACCUCCACAGGCCCAGCUUCCAAGCCAUCGGUAAAGGAGAAGCGUGAGGAGCAUGAAAGAAACCUCUCUCCGCCUCCUCAAGAAGUCUGUGUGGAGUGUGUCAUAGUGUCCAGGCUGGAGUUGACGACCAGGACCACGGGGUCUGUCCCAGGCCGCUCCCUGCAGCUGGAGCCCCUGCCGGCCUUAGAGUCAGCCCCCCCCUCUGGAGGACAGGAGGCGGAGGGAGAAGACACGCAGCAACCAUCCGACAGCGAGGGGGGGAAUGUUUUCCAGCCGUCCAAUAGCGAGACAGUGUGUGAUGCGGAGAGGCCCCUGUGGGCGGCCCUAGAGGAGACGAGGAGAGAGCAAGGGGCGUGGCCGGGGAGCUUGGCGCCUCUGACAACCGUGACGAGUUCUUCCUCGGGGGGCCACUGUGUAGCCAAGGAGAUUCCUCCUCCUUCACAGACCCCUCCCCCCUCAGAUGACGCCACACGUACAGACGUAGCGGUGACUGAGAGCUCAGUAGCCUAUCAGGAUUCUGAAGCGGGGAAAGAGGAGGGGCCGCAGGAAGCGUCCGUGGGCCUCAUCACAGCGUUAGUGGGGGUCCUGUAUCGGGGCUAUGAGACAAUGGCGUCCAUCCUACAGCCUUCCGUCCAGACACAGGUACCAGACUCUGACCAGCCCUUUCCCUCUGACCUGGACAUACUGCCCCCUGCGGCCUUCUCUGAUACUGCAGAGGAACAGCCAAUCAUGGGACAGGACGGUCCACUGGACUCGUCAUUGGUCUUAGAGAUAAACAGGAAGGAGCUUUCGGAGCUGUUGUCGCGUCGGUGGUCCUCUAAACCCAGCUUGGUGGACCGUCUGAGACAGGCUGCCAUAGAGCAGGAGAUGACCAAUGAAAUGGUCGCUGGUCCUGAUGAGACCGCACUUCCAGACCCAUGUCAGACACAAAAUAGAGAAACGCACAGAGCAGAGAGAGAGACAAAGAUAGCGGAGGAAAAGUCAGAAGCUGAGGGAGACAGACCAGAAACCCAUCCGAAGAGGCCAGAGACAGACAGAGCAGAAAAGACAGGCAGACCAGACACAGAGUCUGCCCCGGUGGAGAGCGCUAACGCUAGCAGUUGCGUAGAGGCGUGGCCACCUCUAAAAGAGGUGGAGCUGGACGAUAUAGCCUAUGAGGACUGUCUGGAGGCCCCCGAACCUCCCCCUUCACCUGGACGUCGACCAAUCCUGCUGAAGCAGGAGGAGGAGAAGGGGGAGGAGCUGGAGUUUGAGCUGGGGCAGGAGGACCUGGGAACCGUCUGGUCGGCUGAGCUGUACAUGGAGGGGGGCGGGGGCCCAGAGUCUGCUCAGGACCUCUCCGGUCUCCACGGUGCAGCCAAUCACAACACUUCAUCUGAACCUGCUCCCCUUCGGCCCCUCCCCCCACCUGUACCCCUACAGGAAGUGGGGCCAUUGACAGCCAAUCAGACUGUUUCAGCUGGCCUUAGCAACAUAGCCAACCAACCGAUGGCCACGGAAAACAGCAAUUCAGGCCGUGUUCUUGUGACAGCCAGAGAGACAGCAACCAAUCAGGAGCCUGACGUAACCAAGGAUACAGAUGAGGUCAUAUCAGAGGCAAUCAAGAGUCCUGUAGUUCCCUGGCCCCUUCCACCUCAGUCCCCUCCACCAGAAGCCUCGCCCCCUCCACCUGACUCUACCACCAAGACCCCCCCUCCACUUCAAACACAGUCUGACACGGACAAGACCCACUCUUCGCUGACCCUCCCAGAUACCAGCACCCCUCAAAGACACUUGGCCACAAAGACCUCUGACUCACACACCGAAGACCCUGUCUCGAAGAACCAAAGUCUCCUGGAGGAGGAGAGAUUCCUAUUGGCCAAGUUACUCCAGAUGGGAGGCGACAAUGAGGAGGCUCCUGUCCCCGCCCCCCGGUGCAGGAAACGCCUCAUCCCUUGUCUUCAUGACGAUGACCCCAUGGUCAACCAGUCAGAAACUAGCACUGACACUGUAAGCCAUUCAGAAGAUCAUAAUAAGACUUACAAGUCAGAGGAUUGGGCGGCUAGGGUAUCUGCAGAGGAUCAAAGCUCCUCAUUGGCUGAGGCAGGGGAGCCUGCAGAAAGUGUGGUGUGUGGAGCAAGUGUUGAGCUGGAAGAUGAGAGGCUGGAGCAGAACUCCAUCCUGAUAUCUAUGGAUAACACAUUAGGGGGGUCGGACCUAAAGCCAGACCUUCCUGUUCCUGCAAGACGCUCCAAGAAACAGUCGUCAGACCCCGCCCCCUGCCCUGCUGACUCCACCCCCAGCCCUGCUGACUCCACCCCUACACCUGCUGACUCCACCCCCAGCCCUGCUGACUCCACCUCCAGCCCUGCUGACUCCACCCCUACACCUGCUGACUCCACCCCCAGCCCUGCUGACUCCACCCCCAGCCCUGCUGACUCCCCCCUUACACCUGCUGACUCCACCCCUUCCCCUGCUGACUCCACCCCUACACCUGCUGAUUUCACCUCAACAUCAGUCCCCAACAGAGACCUUGUCCAGACCCCUCCCAUCAGCUCAGGCGAGGGGCAGAUGUCAUCUAAAAGCCAGAGUCCUACAGAGAAGGACAUGUCUGUUGCUGUUGUACCUCCCCGACGUAUCAAGAGGAAAAGCCCUCCCCUUCCUGUAAAAUCUCAGGAAGUGACCUCAGAUCCUGUGGUGACCCCUGAACCUAGGGUGAUGCAGGUCAGAGACGAGGCUGAUGGGAAGAAAGAGACUGCUUCUCAGGAGGUGUCUAAUGUGGACACCGCAGACCUGGUGAGUUCCAGCCAGUCUCUGUUACAGUGGUGCCAGGAGGUCACACAAGGUCACCGGGGAGUAAAGGUUACCAACUUCAGCACUUCCUGGCGUAACGGCCUGGCCUUCUGUGCCAUCCUGUACCACUUCCACCCUAAACUGAUAGAGUUUGAGAAGCUGGACCCUCAUGACAUUAAGUUCAACAACAGGAAGGCGUUCGAUGGCUUUGCAGGUUUGGGCAUCUCCCGUCUGCUGGAGCCAUCAGACAUGGUCCUGCUGUCGGUGCCCGACCGACUCAUCGUCAUGACGUACCUGAGCCAGAUCCGCUCCCACUUCACGGGGCAGGAGCUCAGCGUCCUCCAGAUAGAACACAACAGCAGCCAGACCAGCUACACGCUGACGCAGCCCACACCCAGCCAGCCCAGCGACGUGGAGGCCGCCACGGCCUUCUGCGUCCGCAAGCUCCAGGAGGGAGGGGCCGGUGAGGGCGAGGCCAGGGAGGGAGAAGCCGGAGGAGGGGAGCCGAAGGUGAAGACCAACGGCAGUCUGGUGGCCCCUCCCAGGACCAAAAGACUACCCAGGGUGGAUGACAGGGGAGGAGUUGGGGAGAAGGAAAGGCGAGGUGGAGAAGGGGAGGGGUCCAAGACCCCGGUCGCUCCCCCUAGGCCUCUGGCCUCGGCCGCCAAGUCUGGGCUGGGUCAGGUGAGAGACGCCGACCUGCUGAAGAAGAGGCGGCAGAAAAUCAGGAGCCAGUCCAUGGAAUCUGAAGACACUUCCACCACCCAGCAUGACGGUGUUCCAAGCGAAGUCACAAACGGCUCCUCAGCAGCCAGAGAGAACGCAGAACCAGGAUCGCAGAGAACGUCGAAGGCUCAGGAGUUUAUAGUGAACAAGGAAGAGGCAGCCAUGCAACUCCAGGACACUAACCAGUAUGUGCUAAGUGAGCUCCAGGCAUUAGAGACGGAGCAGAGGCACAUCGACAGCCGAGCGGGCGUGGUGGAGAGACGCCUCCGUCGCCUCAUGGAGACAGGAAGUGAUCGCGAGGAAGAGGAACGUCUGAUCCAGGAGUGGUUCACUUUGGUCAACAAGAAGAACGCUCUGAUCAGGAGGCAGGACAACCUGGAGUCGCUGCAAGAGGAGCAGGAUCUGGAGAGACGCUUUGAGCUGCUGAACCGAGAACUCCGAGUCAUGAUGGCUAUAGAAGACUGGCAGAAGACAAGUGCCCAGCAGCACAGAGAGCAGCUGCUGCUGCAGGAGCUGGUGUCUCUUGUCAACCAGCGAGAUGAGCUGGUUAGAGACAUGGAUGCCAAGGAGAGAGGGGCUCUGGAGGAGGACGAGCGCCUGGAGCGAGGUCUGGAGCUGAGAAGAAGGAAGUACAGCAAUAAGGAAAAAUGUGUUCUCCAGUGAGAGAGGAGAGGCGUGGUCACUGUUGACCAAUGAAGGAGCUGGAUCAUGAAACCAUUAUUGGACGGUUGAGUUAGUGGAGGAGAACCAGCCAGCAUCCUUGGACUGUAGAACUGACAAUUUAACCAUUGUCAAUAGACAGCUGGCUGGCUGGCUGGCUCGUUGUCCCAUGUGCAGACUGUUGGGAGUGAGUUUGACCUAGAACUCUACUGCUUAAGAAUAGUCUCCAUGACUACUAUUGAAAGUGUUAAACUAUUUUUUCACAGCAUUUUCCCUUUACUGAAAAUGAUAUGCAUGGUGUUUGAGAUGUGUGCCAUACGACGGGAACUUGUGGACUAAGAUCAGUAUCAGUCUGUUAUAUAAACGAGUGUCCCAGUACUAGAAUUCCUUUUUGGGACCGCAACAGAUGACAUGUUAGAACGAUUGUUCGUGUCAAUAUAUGGCAGUUUCCUUGAAUGUUUGUCCCGAUAUCAUCAAACAAAUUGUUGCGUUAUUUACCCGGUGUGUCAUCUUGUCGUGGUACUUUCUUGUUGUUUGAUGUUGCCUGCUUGAUGUUUUUCUUCAUCCUGUAUCUGGUGAUGUCCCUGUUAUUUAUUACCUCCAGUGUGUGCAUGCUGAAUAAAGCGGCCUUGUCUGUUCAGACAGUGUGUGGUCCACUGUGUGGGGUUCUGUUGCUUUGCCAGACAGACACCCGCCUGGACCAGAACAUGCUAACAGUGCGUUCACACUGCAGCGGAGCGGGCGGCGCGUGGCGUCGGCUUCCAAUUCAUUUUCAAUGAAACCAGGCGUUGACGCUCGCGUAGGGCAUUGUGGGAAGGCGAGCGGAGCGGAGCGUUGCAAGUUGGAUUUUCUCAACUUUAUGUAAAUGAGGAGCGUGAAAACGCUAGCGUUGGCCAAUCGGAUUGGUUUCUUGUUUCUUGUAACGUAGCAACUGUUCGUCAUGGUAAACAUUUCUAGAUUUGACAAUUUCAAGAUGGAGGAGAAACUUUUCGUAUGUGUCUGCACACCCAGUUCUGUUCAGAACAAAGUUACUAAUGUGACGAGCCUGAAUUUAAAGAUUACAUUAAACUAAUAAUGCAUGGUG